UGGCAUUCCCGGCGGGUGACGUCACGAGUCUCUACGUCACACCCGGAACCCGGGGGUAGGCUGCGCGGAUUCCUGGUUCGACUCUCGCCGCGCUCCGCGCUGUCUCAGCGCUGUCUCCGCAGGGCUCCUAGAAGCGCCGGCAUGGAGGACCCUCAGCAGGAGGCUGGGGCUGUCAGCAUCCCAAGGACAGAAGGCCGCUCAAAGCUUGACUCCCUCUCAAAGGAAGACCUCGUCAAGUUCACAAAGAAGCAGAUGAUUCUGUUGCAGAAAACGCGCGCGCGAUGCGAUGAGCUCAGCCGCCAACUUGAGUCAUCAACUCAGAACGCCGCUCCACCCACGGGCGACUCCUCCCUCAUUGAGGAGUUGAGCAUGAAGGUGAGCUCUGUUCUGCAUGAGAAAGCAGAAAUUGAGCUGCAGUUGAAGGAUGCAAAGGCCGGCUCAGCACGGCUGGAGCGUGAGCUGGAGCGCGCCCGCUCACGGCACCAUGAGCAGAUCGUCCUGCAUGAGGCACACGCCGCCGAGCUGGGCGAGCGGCUCGCCGAGACGGCCGCCCACGCGCUGCGCCUGGAGGCCGACGUGGAACGGCUCACAUCCGAGCUGGAGAUAGGCCAGCGGGCGGGAGCCACUGCCACCAUGGAGAAGGGUGAGGAGGAGAUGGAGCAGCCGAGAUGGGAGAAUCGGGGGAGCGUGGAGAGGAUGGUGGCUGAGUAUGAGCAGUGCAGCGACGUGGAGGCAGAGGUGGAGGAGGGAGCGACGAGAGUGAAAAUCCUGGAGCUCUUGCAUCAGUUGGAUAGGAUGAAGGCCCUUCACUGUGAAGAGGUGGAGAAGCUUCGGUCGCUUACACAUGAGGAGGUUGAGACGAUAAAGGUGCAACACUGUGAAGAGGUGGAGAGGAUGGUGGCCCUCCACAAGGAAGAUGUGGAGAAGCUUAAGUCCCUUCCACAUGAAGAGGUGGAGAGGAUAAAGCGAGAACUUGAUGAAGAGGUGGAGAAACUCAAGUCUAGUCACUCUGAAGAGAUGAAGCAGAUUAAGAUCCUUCACAGUGAAGAGGUAGCGAGGCUGAAGUCACUUCCACAUGAAGAGGUGGAGAGGAUGAAUGUCCUUCACUGUGAAGAGGUGGAAAGGAUGAUGGCCAUCCACAAGGAAGAAGUGGAGAAGCUCAAGUCACUUCCACAUGAAGAGGUGGAGAGGAUAAAGAUAGCAUUUGAUGAAGAGGUGGAGAAACUCAAGUCUAGUCACUCUGAAGAGAUGAAGCAGAUGAAGAUCCUUCACAGUGAAGAGGUAGAGAGGCUGAAGUCACUUCCACAUGAAGAGGUGGAGAGGAUGAAUGUCCUUCACUGUGAAGAGGUGGAAAGGAUGAUGGCCAUCCACAAGGAAGAAGUGGAGAAGCUCAAGUCACUUCCACAUGAAGAGGUGGAGAGUAGAAAGAUAGCAUUUGAUGAAGAGGUGGAAAAACUCAAGUCUAGUCACUCUGAAGAGAUGAAGCAGAUGAAGAUCCUUCACAGUGAGGAGGUAGAGAGGCUGAAGUCACUUCCACAUGAAGAGGUGGAGAGGAUGAAUGUCCUUCACUGUGAAGAGGUGGAAAGGAUAAUGGGCAUCCACAAGGAAGAAGUGGAGAAGCUCAAGUCACUUCCACAUGAAGAGGUGGAGAGGAUAAAGAUAGCAUUUGAUGAAGAGGUGGAGAAACUCAAGUCUAGUCACUCUGAAGAGAUGAAGCAGAUGAAGAUCCUUCACAGUGAAGAGGUAGAGAGGCUGAAGUCACUUCCACAUGAAGAGGUGGAGAGGAUGAAUGUCCUUCACUGUGAAGAGGUGGAAAGGAUGAUGGCCAUCCACAAGGAAGAAGUGGAGAAGCUCAAGUCACUUCCACAUGAAGAGGUGGAGAGUAGAAAGAUAGCAUUUGAUGAAGAGGUGGAAAAACUCAAGUCUAGUCACUCUGAAGAGAUGAAGCAGAUGAAGAUCCUUCACAGUGAGGAGGUAGAGAGGCUGAAGUCACUUCCACAUGAAGAGGUGGAGAGGAUGAAUGUCCUUCACUGUGAAGAGGUGGAAAGGAUAAUGGGCAUCCACAAGGAAGAAGUGGAGAAGCUCAAGUCACUUCCACAUGAAGAGGUGGAGAGGAUAAAGAUAGCAUUUGAUGAAGAGGUGGAGAAACUCAAGUCUAGUCACUCUUCAGAGAUGAAGCAGAUGAAGAUCCUUCACAGUGAAGAGGUAGAGAGGCUGAAGUCACUUCCACAUGAAGAAGUGGAGACGAUAAAGCUAGAAUUUGAUGAAGAGGUGGAGAAACUCAAGUUUAGUCACUCUGAAGAGAUGAAGCAGAUGAAUAUCCUUCACAGUGAGGAGGUGGAGAGGCUGAAGACACUUCCACAUAAAGAGGUGGAGCGAAUGAAUGCCCUUCACUCUGAAGAGGUGGAGAGGAUGAUGGUGGAACACUGUGUUGAGGUGGAGAAACUGAAAAAUACUCAUCGACAAGAGGUUGAAAAUCUAACAUCAGCUCACACCAAAGAUGUGGAACAACUGAAGUCUGAUCAUGGAGAAGAGAUGGAUAAGCUGAAGACCCUUCGUAUAGAAGCGGUGGAGAGACUCAAGUCUGAUUGUGGUGAAGACAACCAACAUCAGCAAUCAGUUCCAGGUAAAGAGGUGGAGAAGAUGAAAGCACUUCACAGAGAUGAGGUGGAACAACUUAAGUCUGAUCAUGGUGAAGAGGUGGAGAGGCUGCAGUCACUUUUUAGUGAAAAGGUAGAGAAGCUGAAGUGCCUUCACAGUGAAGAGGUGGAGAAGAUGAGAGCCAAUCAUUAUCAAGAGGUGGACAGUCUAACAUCUUUUCACAGGGAAGAGGUGGAACAACUGAAGUCUGACUUCCGUGAAGAGGUGGAAAAUAUGAAGACCCUGCAUACAGAAGAGAUAGAGGGACUGAAGAAUGAUCGGUGUGAAGAGGUCCAAGAGCAGACAUCAGUUCCAGGUGAAGAGGUGGAGAAGCUGAAAGAACGUAAUAUAGAUGAGGUGGAACAACUGAAGCCUGAUCAUGGUGAAGAGGUGGAAAGGCUCAAGUCUGCCAAUUAUGAAGAGGUGGAGAGACUGCAGUGCCUGUCCAGUGAAGAGGCGGAAAGGUUGAAAGUCGAUCAUAAACACGAGAUUCAAAAUCUGACGUCAGCUCACAGAGAGGAGGUGGAACAACUGAAGAAAUAUUAUGAUGAAAAUUUGGAGAAUCUGAAGUGCCUUAACAAUGAAGAGGUGGGGAAAAUGAGAGCUGAUCAUAAUCAAGAGGUGGACAGCCUAACAUCUGCUCACAGGGAAGAUGUGGAACAACUGAAGUCUGACUUUCAUAAAAAGGUAGAUUUGCUCAAGUCUGCCCACUGUGAAGAGGUGGAGAAGCUAAGUGAAGCGGUGGAGAAAUUAAUAGCGGAUCAUCAGCACGAGGUUGACAAACUCGUGUCUGCUCACAGAGAAGAGGUGGAGCAACUGACGCCCAAUCAUUGUGAGGAAGGUUCAGUCACUGUGGAGAAACUGCAAGCUCUUCAUAAUGAAGAGAUGGAGAAGAUGAGAGCCGAUCAUUGCCAGGUGGUGGACAGCCUAGCAUCUGCUCACAGAGAUAAUUUGGAACAACUGAAAACACUUCCUGAUGAAGAGGUGGAGAAGCUGAAGGGCCUUCACAGUGAAGAGGUAGAGAAAAUGAGAGAAGGUCAUCUGCAAGAGGUUGAAAAUCUGGUGUCUGCUCAUAGAGAAGAGGUGGAGCAACUGAAGUCCAAUCACUGUGAAGAGGUGGAUAGGCUAAAAGUUAAUCACAAGGAUGAGGUUGGGAAAGUAACGGUUGAUCAUGAAGAAGAGUUGGAGAAACUGAAAGAUCUUCACAGAGAAGAGUUGGGGCAGCUGAGAUGCGAUUAUGACAGUCGGCUAGAAAGUCUUCGGUGCCAUCACGCCGAGGAGGUGAAGAGGCUAAACGAUGAGCACCAAGUAGAGGUGGAAGAGCAGACAACUCUUGUCAAAGAAAAGAUGGAAAAGCUGAGGUGUAUCCACAGCGAAGAGGUAGAAAUCCUGAAGUAUUGUCAUCAAGACGAGGUGAAGAGGCUAAGUUUGGCACACACAGAAGAGGUCAAAGAUGUGAAUUCUGUCCAAGCGGUAGUUGUUGAUCAUGCUGUGUCCCAUCAUAACAAGACCGAGAAGAAGGAAGGGGUGGUGGUGGUGGAGCAGGAAGAGGUGCAGGAGAUGACGGGUAAGGUUACGCAGCUACACGCUAGGGAGGUGGAGUGCGGCACCGUGGCCAGUGUGAGGACAAACACUGGGAAUCGAGAGGGCAGCACACAGGAUCAGGAGGGAAGCAAAGAGGAUCAAGAGAGAAUCUCUGAGAAUCGGGAGGGCAGCAUUGUGGGAAGCCUGCGUGGCGUUCGUGCCAUUUUGCACCACUGUGCCUCAGAAGCAGAGAAGAACAAAGAACAUCUAACCAACAUGGCAAGCCAGCUGCAGGUUCUCCUCCGUGAGAUGGAGCAGGAUGAAGAGCUCCCGGGCGAAGGCGAUGGCGAGCAGGAGGAGGCUGCAAACCGGACAUUGCAGAGCAAGUGGCGGGAUCGGAUGAUGGAUGCUGCGAGCAGGUUGAGAGAGAGGAUGGAAGUGGCCGUUGAGACCAGCGGGCUGCUGUGUGGAGAAAUGAGACGGCUGCUAGAGGAGGACAAGGUUGAGGAGAAGGAGGCGGAGGAGGAGCAGGUGGUGGGACUAGGAGCUACUGGCUCUGCGGCCUCAACAGAGGUGGAGGAACUUCGCUCACAAAUAGUCACUCUGCGUGAGGGCAAGGAGAAGAUGAACAAGAUGAAGGCGGUGGCCGUGAAAGCGCGGAGAGAACUCGACAUAUGUCGCAAACAGGUUCAGCAGCUGACAGAGCAGUUGGCGUCUGUGCAUGCGGAGAGAGCCGCAGCCCUGGGCUCCCUCGCAGAGCUCACUCAGGAGACCAACAGCUUCAAUAGCCUGCAGGUGGAGUUUGAGAAGCUGGCCAGGAGUCUUGAUGAAGAGAGAGAGAAAUCGGAAGCUGCAGACAAGAGGAUCCAACAACUUUGCAGAAGUCUUCAGGGCAGUACGCAGGAGUACGAGUCUGUGCGUGCGGAGAGGGAGGCCAUCACCGGCCGCCUGAACCUGGCCGAGGCCACGGUACGGAGAAUGACGGCGGCACUGGCGGAGGCUCAGAAGGGGCUCAAUGCUGAGCGCAGCCUCCACCAGCACACGGCCACGGAAUCCCAGGCUGCCCGCCGGGAGCUGGAGGAGAGUCACCGGGAGCUGGAGGAGAGUCGCCGGGAGCUGGAGGAGAGUCGCCGGGAGCUGGAGGAGAGUCGUAAGGAAGCUCGCCGGGGCGAACUGCUGGCAUUGGAGGUGGGGGACCUGGAGCGAGCAAGUUCCGACCUGCGCUCGCGCCUUGCCGAGCGAGACGCCACCGUUGCCGCCAUGAGAGACCUCGCAGAGACCCACGAAGCCACCGCCACCACCAUGAGGGCCGACCACGAGUCACUAAAAGCUUCUCUGGAGGCAUCGGAAGAGCGGAACGGAAAGAUGAAGCAGCUUCUUGUCAAGAUCAAGAAAGAACUCGCGGAUUCUCGUAAAACCGAAACCGAGCAGCAGGCCACUCUUGACACCUCACAGGCUCAGUUGGAGCAAGCCCAGCAACAGAUGGAAGAACAAAAGCUCCUGCUGGCGGAGGUGAGCGGGGAGAAGCACCGCUGCCAGGAGCAGUCCCGCUUGGCCGCCCUGCAGCACCAGGCCGCCGUGACGGCGCUCACGCUCAGGGCCACCAUGCUGGAGGAGGCAUGCGCCUCCACCAAGGCGGAGUUGAAGUCGGUGCGUGCCGAGUUUGAUGCCUACAAGGUGCGCGUGCACAGUGUCUUCAAACAGCAGAAGUCUCGCUCGCCCGCCGUAGCCCCAACCGACCUGGCUCAGAAAGAGAUCGAGCGCCUGGCGGGGCUGGUGGAUCAGCUGACGCUGCAGCUGCAGGAGACGCGCGUGGCGCUGGAUGUGAGCCGAGGGGACGCUGAGGAGCUGGUGGCACAGGUGGAGGUCCUGACGGGGAGGCACGCACUCGCCCAGAGGGAGCACGCGGAAACACAGGCCAGGCUGCAGCACGAGUUGACUGCGGUGCGGGCUGAGUGCGCGUGUCUGCGUGCAGAGCUGACGAGCUCCAUCACGACGCUCAGAGCUCAGAGUGAGUCCGAGAAAGGAGCAUUGAAAGAACAGGUGAAGCGAGCGGAGGCGGAACGGGACGAGAGUCGCCGCGCCGCUCACGACAUGCACGGCCGAGUGAGCCGUCUUGAGGCACAGGCGCUCGGAGCCAGCAGCCCGGCGGUAACGGCCCAGGCCUCAGCACAGGCCCCAGGCCGAACAGGGGCCCGGGAGGGGCUGGAGGCGGGGGGCUCGUGGGGUGUGGCAGCUCGCGAAGAGGGGGAGGGGAUGGAGGAAUCAGGGCCCCGAGCCCCACUGUGCCCCCCCUCCCUGCCCCCCACCCCACAGCAGUCUUCCUCGCUGGAGCAACUCCUCAACAGCACAGAUGUCAAGAGUGUGAGCCCCGUGGGGCUGGAGCCGACGAGCGAGCAGCUGGCGUUGGCGCUGGGCGCCGCGUCGCGCCGGGCCGACCACCUGAGCGAGGUGCUGCACGAGGCAGAGGCCACCAACGCUGUCCUGUUGGAGCAGAUCAAGGUGCUCAAGAGUGAGGUGCGCAGGCUGGAACGCAACGCGGAGCGCAACGGCGCCAUCUCCAGCCUCGAGUACCUCAAGAACGUGUUGCUCAAGUUCGUAUCACUGCCACCGGGCAGUGAGCGCCAGGCCCUGCUGCCCGUGCUGCACACCCUGCUGAGGCUCAGCCCUGAGGAGCGUGGCCUUCUCGCUCACAUUGCCAACGGAGAGGAGGAGCUGGACUCGGGUGGCACGUCAGGAGGCUGGGUCUCCUAUCUGCCCAGCUGGUCCGGGUUGCGCUAGAGGGAGCCACUCGCCCAUGCACACACACAAUGCACAGUGGGCGACACCACACAGACCACGCCGUCCAGCUCAGUGGGAAGACCGUGUUCAAGGCAAAGGAAAAUCCUCCACUAGAGGGAGAUCUCGAGUGCUGUUUGAUCUCUUACACACUAACCAGAUGUGUUGGAAGAGGUCAGGGUUCCAACUCCGCCACACACAAUGCCUAUCGUAGACCGUGGUGAGCCCGAUUAAUUGUAUGGGUGGGCAGAGGUGGUGGGGGGGGGCGUUUAAGAAACGUGCACCCCAUUAUAACCGCCACGCCAAGAUCGAUUCGAACCGGCGACCCCGGAAAAGCAUUGCUCCUCGCACGCGCAAGUCUGACCCUGAGCCUAGGAAUCGUUGUAAUUCAGCUUAAAAUAACAAACUCGACACACGUGUCAGUAAUGUUGAAUAGCGCGUAUUAUCGGCGACGUUUCCGGUGAUGGACUUUCGUCACACAGCACACACAGAGGCCAGGAACACGGGGUAGAUGACAUUGGAGUUGGAGAUGACACUGUGCACACAAUGGACACCAUGGGGCCUGGGUAGAAAUGUAAUUUAAAAUAUAUUUUCCAGAUUUAACUUUUUUUACAAAUGUUUCCAAACACUCUUUGGUUCUUUCGGUAAAGUCACGUAGAAAAAAAAAUUGACCAUGACGUUUCGAUUGCAGCACAAGCAUCCAUCAUCAGGUGCAAGCUCGGAGAGAGACACAUUUACAGUGAGAGAGACACACAGAGAAACAACGCCUCUGUGACGAGUUAUGGUAUAGAGAUCGGCGGCAUGGGGGAGAGUGAGGGGGGGGGAGAGUGAGGGGGGGCAGAGAAAUUAGAAUGUCAAGGAGAGACAAAUGCAGUCACGAACACUUCAAAUCAAUUUAACACGUAGGCUUUCGCGACCAAUAUUAUUCAAAUCAAGAUUGUUUCCAGUCUCGUAUGGGCAUUUGAACAGUUACCCCUGAGUAGAUAUUUAUAUAACACAUUCACACACACACGCUAACACACACACGUUAACACACAUGUUAACACAGGCACACAUUCGACCCACAUU